AUGGACAGAUGGCCUUCUGAACACUUGAAACCUAAAAAAUUGUUUCAAAGAGGUGGUUCCUUUCUUGCUAGAAAUUUGUCUUUUUCAAGGGCAAGAGCUUCUUUAGAAGGAUCUACCCCUGUUCCUGUGUAUAAAACUCCCACCUUAACUAUUGAUGGAAUUCCAGGAAUAGUGCAACAUGAAAUAUUGAACAAUAGAAGACAUGUCCUUACCAAGGUCAGCAUUCUUGCAUGGUUCACUGUAGAUACUAGGCUUGGAAGCUUGUCUAUUCAUUUAGAUACCCCCCAGUGUUUUUCUGCCAAAAUGUAUACUGCUGACCUCAACAUCUCUCAGAAAGCUGAAGAUGACAAGAUUAAUUUAGGUCGAGAAACCCUGAAAGGACUAUUGGCUCCUUAUUUUUCCAAGAAAAAAGUUAGAUUCGUGUCUCAAUCUCCAGUAAUUGGAGAAGCUCCAAGCAAAGAUAUAUCUUUCAAAAAUAUUCCACUUUCAAGACCUAAAGCAGAUGCUAAUGUUCAAAGUGAUUCCAUAGUUUACCCUCCAUUUCAAUUCUCAAUUGCUUCUCCUCCUUCAAUUAUUACUGAGAUUUCUCAUAUUGGAAUAUGGAAGAAGAAAAUUACUCAUCUUCAUGGAAUUGAAGAUGAUGAUUUCCCUCGUUGGGUUUUAGAUGCUGUUUUGCUUAAUCAAAUGCCCCCAAGAAAACAUACCAAAUGCAAUUUUUAUUUACAUCCAUUUGAAGGUUCAGCUGCUCAGAUCUUGACACAAGGGAAGCUGAGUGCACCUCGGAUUUUAAGAAUGCAUAAGGUGUGA